AUGAUCUCAGUCCAGUGGUGCUUGUUUAGUCCAUGUACUGGGCUCUCUAUGAGGAUGCAUAGCAUUGGAGCAGCCCAAGGGGGAGUCCUGGCCAAGUGGGUAGCUCUGGUCACAGGAUCUACUGAUGGGAUUGGCUGGGCCAUCACCCAGUGUCUGGCCCAGGAUGGGGCCCACGUGGUCAUCAGCAGCUGGAAGCAACAGAAUGUGGACUGUGCACAUACCAUACUUCAGGGGCAGGGUUUGAGUGUAACAGGCACUAUGUGUCACAUGGGGAAGGCUGAGGACUGACAGUGACUGGUGAACAAGGCUCUGGAGUACUAUGGAGACAUGGGCUUCCUGGUGUGCAAUGCUGUUGUCAACCCUUGUGGGAGCACUCUGAGGGCCAGUGAACAGGUGUGGGAGAAGAUCCUGAAUGUGAACGUGAAGGCCCCAGCCUUACUCUGAGCCAGCUGCUGCCCUGCAGGAGAAGAGAGGGAGAAGGGGGCUGCUGUCAUCCUGGUCUCUUCUAUUUCAGCUUAUAUACCAUAUGUGGAGCUUGGUGCCUACAGUGUCAGCAAGACAGCACUGUUGGGCCUCACCAGGACACUGGCUUUGGAGUUGGCCCCUAAGAACAUCCAGGUGAACUGUCUGGUUCCAGGAAUAAUUAAGACUAACUUCAGUGCAGUGUUAUAUGACAGUGAGACUUUAUGGAACUGCUUCAAGGAAGCAGCUGCACAAUCCAGGAUUGGGCAACCUGAGGACUGUAGUCUCAUGUCCUUCCUGUGCUCCCCAGAUUCUAGCUACAUCACUGGUGAGAACAUCAUUGUGGCUGGCUUCUCCCCUCGACUCUGGGGCUGGGAGGUGGCUGUUCAGCUGUGGGUCAGGGUCUAA